AUGAGACAACAUCUUUUAUCAGAACCAAACUUUAUGACUUGUCCUAGAAUAAAUGAGAGAGGAGAAUAGUAAAGAUAAAAUCCUUACUUUUACAAUAAUUAUUUCUCUAAUCGACAUAUUGAUUGUUAAGGAGAAGCUUAUGAUAAAAGAGAUCUAAGUAAUGCAAGUAAAGAUAAAUAAUUGUUAAAACCUGAAACUGUUAGAUAGAAUAAUAGAUUGAAAUCAAAACCUGCAGUAACGAGAUUGAUGAAGAAAUAAAUAAUCUCGAAUUUUAUAGAGAAUAAGAAACUAUUUUAUAGUGUGACACCAAUGUAACCAAUUUAUGAUCAAUUUAAAUAACGAAAUGAAUAGAGAGAACGAGAUCGAAGGUUUUAGAAUAAAUAUUUUGAUAAGAGUUAUAAACAUCAUUUGAGUAGAGCAAUUCAAUAUACACUUUAAUAAGUAUUAAACUUUCUUUCAAUGGAUGAUGUCUUUAAAGUGAGAUUAGAUAGAUAAGAUUAUGAUAGAUAUUUGAGUAGAUAACCUAAAUUACUAUAGAAUAGUGUAACUUCUUAGGAUUUGUUGAUGUUGCAAUAAAAUUAAAUGGAAAAUGAAUUAACUUCAAAUAGAAAGAUUUAAUUAAUAAAGAAUGUAUUUAAUGAUCCUCACUUUGAUGCUAAAGAUAGAGAAGUCUUAUAUUAAGUUUUAAGAUUUCAGAUAUGUCAGGCCUAAAAACAAGUUGCAAAAUUAGAAAAAGCUAGUAUGGGUAUUAAAGGUUUAAAUAGAUUUUAAAAUAAAAAAGAAGGUCAUUUGGAAUAAUUGGCAAUCAUUAUUGAUUUUUUGUAAAAUAAUUAUGAAAAAUUAGUUAAAUUACUUUGA